AGGAAGGGAUGGGGAGGCGGGUAGGGGCUGCAGAAGAUCAGAAUGAGCGGGAAGGUGAGCAGUCGGGGAGAAAUGCCCGGGAGCUGGCGGGUUCGGCGAGGGUGUCCAUUAGGGGAACUGGUCACUUGACAUGUCCUUUGAGCUCAGGUUCCUGAUGUGGCUCCCGUUUUUCUGGCGUUGGGUGGGAAAGCGAAAGCAUCCGCUGCCCCGGUUGCUAGCUUGACCUCCUUCACAGGCCCAAGCACGCAGCGGGCUGCCGUUCAUCCCUGUUAGGGCCAUGGCCUUGGUGCAUCGUUUUCAGGGAGUUUAGAGGGGCGUUGUGACACGCCGACCUUUCCUCAGGAUCAGAUGUUAGCAGUCAUCCCCGAGAGACUCAGUGUCCCCUUGCCUUUCAGUUGAAGGUAAAGCCGUGGUUGAUUCACAUUUCCCUUUUCUGUACUGACUUUCCAUCUUGCAAAUCUCCAAAGCCGGGGGGAUGCUGGCCAUACCAGAGCUGUAAGUGAGGGACCAUCCUUGAGAGGUAGUGCUCCCUACAGCAUCAGUGUUCCAGCUCUUCCUCCACAUGAUGGUGGUUAGACAUGGGGAGCCGCCUCCAACCUUGUGUAGGUCAGGUCGGUAAACACCAGGGAGUGGAGGAGGGGGACUUCCUUGAAAUGCCUAGUGUAAAGGAUGUUUUCACUUGAGUUCCUUAAAGAUUCAUGAUCCUGGUAAUCACAAGGACACACACCCACAGAAUUCAUAGUGUUUGAGAAAUUACCCAGAAUAUAUUGUAAAAGGAGAAAUAGGACAGGUCAUCUUACUCAGGUUUGUAACACCGAGCAAGCCUUCCUUCCUCUACCCUCGCUACAGAUGGCAGCCUGAUGAUCUUACUGGAGGUUUGGGUCCCUUGACCUUUAGCAGAAGGUUGGGUUCCAGUUGAGCGGAGAGGCUUUCUCUUGUGAGAUGUAUCUUGUCUUCUUUUCUUUUUUUAAUUCAUUUAAGAGAGAGGCUUAAAAUACCUAAACUUUGCAAAUAUAUUCUGCAUCCACAAAAUUUGGCGGGGGUCCCUUUUGCUAGUCUCAUAUUCUGGUUUUAAAGGAAUCCUCAUAGGCCUGGAAAGGCUUAGAUCUAGUGCUAAAGUGCACAUACGCUGUAGUUCUAUUUUGUUUAGUGCCAGCCUAAUAGCUCCUAUGUUCUGUGGAAACCUCUGGGAAAUGUUCAGCCUGAAACACUUGAGAAGAGACUGUAAAGCAUGUAGCCAGAAAGUGUCAGUUGACCUUUCAUUUCACUGGCAUUUUAAAGCUUUUAUAGAGGUUUGCAUUGUUUUCUCAAAAGCAUUUGUUGUUUGAGUUGCUCAUUUUGAUAGGUAACUGUCAGUUAUUGCCUGCAUUGCUAGUCUCACCUUGAUUAUUUCUGUAUGGGCUUAAGUGCUGGGAGCAUAACUUAUAAGUGUUUCUCUUGAGCACACACAUUCAUCCUCUGCCAGUUGAGAGGUGGGAACGACUGGUUUCUAAUUGUGGUUCGAAAGGAGGUUGAUUUGAUAAAUUGGAAAAUGUGGAACCUAUUCUAGUUGUAAAGCAAAAGCUCUCCCGGUUUAUUCUUGGUGCCCAGUGAACAUCUUUAUCUAACAAGUUAAGUUCACACCAGAGAGCUGGGCAAGGAGACCUGGACUGAAAUUUAAACUUACAUUGGUUGUCAGGACAGAAUCGGCGGAGUUAUUUUAUUUUAAUAAUGGAGUAAAUGUCAGAGAACAUGAUGCUAACAGACCCUGUGUAGGGUGAAGAGGACUAGUAUGCAUGCUAUUUACACAUAUAGCCAUAGAUUAUUCUCAGGCAUUUUAAGGAAAAUAUUUUUCUCCUGGGUUUCACAUCUUUUUAUUUUUCUUCCUUAUCUACCUUUUGUCACUGCCCAGAAACCAGCAUUCCAGGAGUGGAAGGGGAAAGACAUAGAUAAAAGGGUGGAGGAGAAUGGAGUAAGCAGCCAGCAGUCCUCGCUGCACCAGAGUGCACAAACAUUAACCUAACAGAAAUGACACUGCUAAGGGCAGCGGGGUGAAGUCAGUGGAGAAUUUUGAUGAAUCAAUGGAAAAAAUACCUUCGGGUGAGGAUUAACAACAACAAAAAAGCUUUGGCCCAUACCCAAUGUCACUCAGGGCUUAAAGAGAAAUAUUCAAAGGGAAUCCACGCUGCCAGAAGCGAAGGGGACCCCCAGGAAAGAACCAGAAGUGCAUGUCAUAAAUCCUGGAAUAAUUCCAGGCUGAAGAGAAGGCCAGAUUUAUUUCAGGAAUGUGCUUGUCUGAGACCUAUAUGGCUGAUGUUUCUUAAGUCCAUCUUGUGACUUAAAAAGGCAGGUUUUUUAAUUAAAUCUGGAUAGAUCUGGUUGACUAUAUAGAACUUACCCAAGAGCAGGCAAAUUGCUUCCAAGAGACACAAUCCAGAAAAGCAGCCCUGUAGCAGGCAUCUCUUGACACCACACAGUAUAUUCUGGGUAGCUGCUCUGCAGUAAUGCAGCCCUGUCUUUCUGGGCAGUGUUGUUAUUCCUGCUGCAUAAUUAGCAACUAGUGAGAUCAUAGUCUGGGGAGAUUCUGGCAUUACUGAGGCAAAGCAGGGAGGCUUCGUAUCGUCACAUGUGGCCCUGGCCCUGACAGCAUUUCUGUCGAGCAGAUUCAUAUCCUUGGGAACUAAAGUCCAAAGACAGAGGAGAUUUGUAUCCCAGACCCCUUGGUUGGGUGACAGCUUGUUGAAGACACUGCCUGCCAUAUUGAUGUAACCAGAGUAAAUUGUCAUUUCUUUUGCUAUUUGUUUUCCCUUUGCUGGUUUCUUUACAGAGGGCAAAGGUGGUCAGGCUAAGUUUUCCUUGCACAGAGGAGGACGAUAGACCAGCGGAACCCUAUUUUAUGGAGCAGUAUGAGAUUGGGAAGGAUUCUGGGGUUUGAAGCCAGUGGAGAUGCUAAUCUGCAGUCCAUUCUUUAGAACCAAAGUUGACCUUUCUAGGAGCCUGGAGAGACAUUUUAUACUUGUGAAGAUCUGGGUAAAGUGUUUCCUUGGCUGCUGAUGUACUUUGAAAUUGAGAGCCUAGAGCAGUAUUUCCCAAAGUGUUUUCCAAGAAUCAUUUAUUUUCCCCCUAAAAUACUCUGGAAAACAAAGGGCCCCAUAUUCAGGUGUGCGGAAACACUGUGUUGUGUUUUCUCCCACCCUUCCCCAUGCUCAUUAGCAUGUUAAAAGCCUCUAAGAGGUUCUCCCAUAAACAGUUUUCUAAACUGUUUUGACACAGCAGUCCUAUUUUCAUGCAAAAACUAUUAAUAUCCGCCCUAGCUGGUUUUGCUCAGUGGUUGGGGCUUUGGCCCUGGACCCGAGUUCCUGGUUUGAUUUUGGUCAGGGGCACGUACCUUGGUUGCUUGAAUUAGUUUAUUUCAUAUAUAUACUUUGGGAAAUGCCAGGCUGUAUCUUCACUAGGAAAAAUAAUUGAUCUAGUCUAGAUUUAGGCACAGCCUAAUUCUGCUUUUGGUGCCUGGUCCCUCCCCCGGCCCUUGGAGCGCUCUCCUGUGUGUGAUCUGGAGAGCAGCUCCUGUUAUCCCCAGCUAAUGAAGCCUAAGCCCAGACGGCUUGGAACCAAAGGCCUUCACUCCACUGGGAAAGGUGCUGUGGUUACUCAUCUCAUUACGCUGAGGGUGACUGAGACUGAAAGGGCUGAAGGGAAACAAAAGUAGGAGAACGUUGGCCAGAAUCAGUAGAGAAAUGACCUAAUCUGGAGAAAGCAGACAUCGGUGCUAGCUCAGAAUCCUCAUGCACCUGGCUGCCUGGUGGUGAACAGGGGCUUUGGGGCCAACUCGGUGGGCUCCCCAAGGAAACCCCUUUGAAACCAAUGGAUGCAUUCACGGGCUCGGGUCUCAAGAGGAAGUUUGAUGAUGUGGAUGUGGGCUCAUCAGUGUCCAACUCCGAUGAUGAGAUCUCCAGCAGUGACAGUGCCGACAGCUGCGACAGCCUCAAUCCUCCUACGACUGCCAGCUUCACACCCACCUCCAUCCUGAAGCGGCAGAAGCAGCUACGGAGGAAGAAUGUACGCUUUGACCAAGUGACUGUGUACUACUUUGCCCGGCGCCAGGGUUUCACCAGUGUGCCCAGCCAGGGUGGUAGCUCUUUGGGUAUGGCCCAGCGUCAUAACUCUGUACGCAGCUACACGCUCUGUGAGUUUGCUCAAGAGCAGGAGGUGAACCAUCGAGAGAUUCUUCGUGAGCACCUGAAGGAAGAGAAACUCCACGCCAAGAAGAUGAAGCUGACCAAGAAUGGGACAGUGGAGUCAGUGGAGGCCGAUGGCCUGACACUGGAUGAUGUUUCUGAUGAAGACAUCGAUGUGGAAAAUGUGGAGGUGGACGAUUACUUCUUCCUACAGCCUCUGCCUACCAAACGGCGACGGGCCCUGCUGAGGGCUUCUGGGGUCCACCGCAUUGAUGCCGAAGAGAAGCAAGAACUUCGAGCCAUCCGCCUGUCACGGGAAGAGUGUGGGUGUGAUUGUCGGCUGUACUGUGACCCAGAAGCGUGUGCCUGUAGCCAAGCUGGGAUUAAAUGCCAGGUGGAUCGCAUGUCCUUUCCAUGUGGCUGCUCCCGGGAUGGCUGUGGGAACAUGGCUGGGCGCAUUGAAUUUAAUCCAAUCAGAGUUCGGACUCAUUACCUCCACACCAUCAUGAAGCUGGAGCUGGAGAGCAAGCGGCAGGUGAGCCGCCCACCCGCCCCAGAUGAGGAGCCCUCACCCACCGCCAGCUGCAGCCUGACAGGAGCCCAGGGCUCUGAGACACAGGACUUCCAGGAGUUCAUUGCUGAGAAUGAGACUGCAGUGAUGCACCUACAGAGUGCGGAGGAACUGGAGCGGCUCAAGGCAGAGGAAGACUCCAGCGGCUCUAGUGCCAGCGUGGACUCCAGCAUAGAGAGCCUGGGUGUGUGUAUCCUGGAGGAGCCCCUGGCUGUUCCUGAAGAGCUGUGCCCAGGCCUGACAGCUCCCAUUCUCAUCCAGGCUCAGCUGACCCCAGGCUCCUCCGUCCUGUGUUUUGCUGAGAACGCGGACCACCCAACUGCCUCAGCAGCGACCAGCCCAUCCUACUUGAACAGCGGGCCCCUGGUCUAUUACCAGGUGGAGCAGAGGCCAGUCCUGGGGGUGAAAGGAGAGCCUAGUCCAGGAGAAGCCCCACCCUCUCUCCCCAAGGAGAAGGAUCUCAAUGUCUUCUCUGUCCCUGUUACCUCACUGGUGGCUUGUAGCCCCACAGACCCAGCCCUGUGUCAACCAGAGGCAGGGAAAGCAUCCACUCUAGAAGCACUGGUGCCCGAAGAUUGUAUCCCUGAGGAGCGGGAGAAUGAAGACUUUCGCCCCUCGUGGUCGCCCUCAAACCUCCCCUUCGGCACGGACAGCGAAGAGGGCUGUGUGGUGGAGAAGACCCCACAGCCGGGCGAGGACCGGCCCCCUGGAGAUUCGCCCCUGGACCUCCCUCUGGCAGUGUGAUGCGGGCAUGCAGAUUCUGCCUCUUACCCGUUCUCUAUUUAUUCCCUUAUUUUAUCUAGCACCAUUUCAGAAAACUGUAGAAGCAGCUGCUGCUCCCAUGUUAUUUUAUUGGGGUCUUUGAGGGGGCGGGUGGGAAAGGAUUGUUUAUACAGUAUUUUUUAAAGGUAAACAGAACCAAGGAGACCAGCCCCAGCUUGAUCUGGGGACAGUCUUGGGGCAGAGAAGGCCACAUAGUGCUGAAUGCUGUUUUCUGGGCCAUUGGAACAAAGAACUAGGAUCUCAUGGGAGACACUAGGUAACUCAAGCAGCUAUUCUUUUCACAGGGAUCAGGAUACAUAAUUUGAACAGCACGGCAAAGCCCCUCUCCUAAGCUCCAGGCGGAUACAAGCUCCUUUUUCUCGGUGGUUACUGAUAGCCCAUUUUGGUGUGUUACACAGUUGGAAAUGUCACCUGGAGAGGAGGGGGGAGAAGGGUCUCCACUUCUGUACAAAACCUCCAGGAUUUUAAAAAAUUUAACCUGCCUUCCCCAGCCCCCUAUUUGGUAAAUAAGUUAAUAUUUGACAUGUUUGGUGUUCUCUGACCUGUUCCCCACACUGGGGAUUCCUGGUCUGUAACUUGAAUUGUUUCUUUCUCAUGUUCUUAGGUACUAGAGUUUAACUUGUCUGUCUCUCCACCCCACCCCCCCCAACCCCCCGCCACACACACACACCCCUCCUUCCUUUGAAGAAAAAGAGCUAUAUUGGCUGGGGAUGUGGUAUUAAGAGCCCGUGUCUUUGUGCGUCUGACACUAGCUCUGUCGGGCAGCUCUAGGCUGAGCUCACACGUCCCAUGGGAGGCAUAUGGAGCGUUAAGUGUGUCCAAAGGAGGCAGCAGGAAGUUUGCUGUCUGGAAAGAUGAGGACUUCGUGCCAUGCUUACUGUCACCCAGGUGUUCCCCCCCUUGGGGAGAUUUGAGCUUUAAAGGAAUAUAGGAUGUGGCAUUCUAAGGUCACCAGGUUUUUUUUGUUUUUUGCUUCUAUAUCCUUGGUGGUCCUUGGACAUACAGGGUUGGAGAGUUCUUAUGCUAUUCCAGUUCACUCCCAAGAAUUGCAAAUAUUAGACCGCUCCAUCUUGAUAUCUAAAAAUUAGAAGUCAAAUCAAUUGCUAAAUGCUACAUAUAACUCCCAGGUUCCAAAGAAGUCAAGUUCUAAUGAUAAAGCUUUGAGGUCUGUAGAGCAGGACUCCAGUUCAGUUCUUGCCUCCAUCUGGGGAUGCCAUUCCUUUUCCUCUCAUGUCCACCUAUGUUCCUGGAUGUGCUCCAUUGACCACCACUGAAUUCACUAGCAAAGUUGUCUCUGUCUCUGUUUUAAAGUGGCGGCAGCAGGAAACAAAGCACCCUGGCAUCCCUUACACCAUGCUUUGCUUCUAGUAUGGUUUAACCAGGAAAGAACAAAGUGAAAAUGUUUUUGGUGGGGGAGAUAACUAUUCCUACUUAUCUCCAUCAUAAAGCCUUUUCUUGUGGGAUAUUAUAGCCCUGGUGUCUUAAAGCAACCUUCAUGUAUAUCAGUAGCAUUUUACCUAUAAAAUCGCUAAACUGAGCCUACUAGGCCUUUUACUUAACAGAUAGAUCUUUUAACCCAUUCUUCCUCCCGUUGGUGUUUUGCAGGGUUUGGAGAGUUCUUCAGUAAUAGGUCCUUAGCACUCUCCAUCCUCGAGCCUCACAAGGCAGAGUUGAGAGUCUUAGGUACUGAGAUCUAGAUGCUGUCCCAGGCUGAGCUGCUGCACUCCCUUAGACUGGUCCCCUCAAAUACAAGACUGAAGCUUAAUUGGGAAUAGGACUCAAUGGAGAAGAAUCUUUCUGAAAGUUUGUGUUGAAAGGGGAGGGUGAGCAUUGUACAUUCCCUCCUUAGGAAGAAUUCCUAAUCUAGGAAGUGAUUCCAGGUGCUCAAUAAGAGACACAUUAUUAGCCUUUGGGAUCAAAACAAGAAUUUGAAUCUAUUAAACUCAUUGCCAACCCCCAAAAUAAUGAUUUUCUGAAUAAACCAGUUUCUUAAUCUAAAUCCUACAUUAACCCUAUAAUUCUGAUUCACACUGAUCCCAAGCUUUUAAAUGCUAAGUGUCGGCAUUUAGCAUUAACUGUCUUGUUAAGCAAAGGGCCUUUUCUACAAUCUCGUCCAUCUCAUUUCUGGUGCUACUCGAGCUGGACACAAUUAGAGCUCAUGGUUGCUAGAAAAGCUAGGCCUCUGAUCACAGAAGCAGAUAGCUUCAACCCCACUCAGUCCAGGCCUAGAUAAAAGAAAUUACUUUUUAUCGCAACUCAUUCCUUUCUCACUGUAUACUGGUAGUAUUUUCAAUGUGAAUCCAAAGCUUGUCUGGUUUUCUGGAAACAAUUUUUUUUUUUUUUGCCUUUCAGGUCCUUCACAUUGUGAUAAUGUUGUAUUUAAAAGAGAAUAUUUAAAUGUAAAAUUAAAGAAAUAUUCAAAAGAA